CUGUUGCAAGUGAUGUGCAUGAUUCAGUGUAAACAAACUUAAUGACAACAACAACGAAUGCCACUCAUAAAAAAUGAAGAGGAGUUACCCUUCUGGAAGCGAAAAAAAGAAAGAAGAAAAAGAGGAAGAGGAGAGCAAAAAGCAAGACAGUGAGCUCAGACCUGCUGAUGAGAAGAAAAGCUUUCGGAGGACUUCAACUUUGACCAACAAGGAAUUCAAAUGAGUUCUCCAGAAGAGGGGAAAGCGGCAGACACGGACGAGAGCAGACCUCACCGGUGUCAGAGCUGUGGGAAGUGUUUCAGUCGGAUCUGCAGUCUUAGAAGACAUGAACUCAUCCACUCUGCAGAGGAGCUGUACCACUGUGAACUAUGUGGCAGCAGUUUCAGCCAACUAAACGCGUACAACUUACACCUGUACACCCACCCUGAAGAAACGCCGUACUGCUGCGACCAGUGUGGGAUGGAUUUCAGUGACCAGGGUUCUUACAGGAAACACCUGCGAGACCACACUGGGCCAUACCAGUGUGACCAGUGUGAGAAGACUUUCAGCUACUUCAGCAUUUACAAGAUACACAUGCGUGUGCACACCAAAGAAAAGCCGUACUGCUGUGACCAGUGUCCGAAGAGUUUCAGCUUCUUGAGCUCAUACAAGCGACACCUGCUCAGCCACAGUGGAGAAAAGCCCUACCAGUGUGACUUCUGUGGGAAAAGCUUCACGCAGUCGGGGCAUUUCAGCCUGCACCUGCGCAACCACACCGGGGAGAAGCCGUACGAGUGUGAGCAGUGUGACAAGAGUUUCAGUGACUUGAGCAGUUACAAGAUACACCUGCGCGUCCACACCGGAGAGAAGCCGUACUGCUGCGACCAGUGUGGCAGGAGUUUCUCUCAGCUCGGGAACUACAAGUCACACAUGCGCAUCCACACGGGGGAGAAGCCGUUCCGCUGUGAGCUGUGUGACAAAAGUUUCUCCAUCUCAAAGACGUAUAAGCAGCACGUGCGCACCCACACCGGCGAGAAGCCGUUCCAGUGCAAAGAAUGUGGGAAAGGUUUCGGUCGCCUGAGCAAUUACAUGCGCCACCUCCGCAUCCACACGGGGGAGCAGCCGUUCAGCUGUGGCCAGUGUGGCAAAUGCUUCAACAGCUCGUACAGUUACAGCCGCCACCUGCGCGUCCACACUGGGGAGAAGCCUUACUGGUGUUCUCAGUGCAAGAGGCUGUUCACGCGUUCACAGUCCUUAAACAAGCACCGCUGCGUCGAUGUAGAAGUCGAGGAAGAGGGCUCCCCUGUGCGCACCAAAGAAGAGGAAACGAGCUGUUCAUUAACAGAACCAACAAGUGACGACCAAUAACAAGUAGAGGAUGUAGUAGGUUAGCAGGAUAGGGUGCUUGUUCAGAUUUUGUUUUGACACAAAGGAAAUCACAGUAUAUUACCGGACUUAUGUGAACCAUGUUUCUGCUCUGCUCCACAGGAGCCCAACACUGAGCUCACCUUUUACGUCGGUACGUAUAAUGUACAGUUAUUUAAUUGCACCAUCUGUUGAUUCUGUACAUAAAUAGACCAAACUGAUCGAUCGAAUCAUCGCAAAACACAAAAAUACCUGAAAAAAUACUCGAACUAGAACGCGGCUGCUACAAAUGCAAACACUGUCAUCUCAUAGUAACAGACAGACAGUAGGUCAGAAAUUGUUUCAUAAGAAAGUUGAACCACGAGUGUGAAAAUACACUGCUCGAAAAAAAUUAAGGGAACACUUAAAGGGGCAGUAAGUGAUUCUUAAGCAAUACAUGUUUUUUAAAACUAUUUCCUUUAGCUGUCGCUUUUGUGUGUCCGGGUUUUCGGUUCAGCCCAGGCUCUGUAAAACAUAAUUUACAAAUGUUAAGAGACGUGCCAGAGGGUGCCGCUGCAACUCCGUGGUUCUCGUUAUACGACCCCCUCGCAAGCUACUCCCUGAACUGUGUCUACUACUAGCUUAACUGUCCUUAGACCGGACUCCUAACACCUCCGUCGCCAGGCCCCAGUCCGACUGCCUCCACCAUAAGCAGGUACUUGCUUUUAUUCCGGUCUUAAUACAGAAUUAAUACAGGAGUUUCCAUACCACAUAGUGACACAUCGAACAAAUACUAUGAAAGAGAACUUUCGUAACCCCGGUUCUCUGAGUAGUAUGAGUGAGUCUGAAUGUCUCUCGGAACCGCCCUUCUUGCUGCUGGGGUGAAGCAAGGGGUGUGGGGUGUGCUUGUUCUGGAUGACGAGUGACGUUGGGUCAGGUAUAUUUAUAGCACAGGGUCCAGACCCAAACGUCAUGACUGACAGCCAAUCAGGGCUGGCGUAAUGGUACAAGUGCUUCUGUGAAUACGCAAGGUGGCGUAUCCCAUAGUGAGUUUAGUGGUUAAUGUGUCGGACUCCCUUACCACCGGUAAGGGAACGGGGUCAGCAACAAAGAGAAACGAGCUCUCUCCAGAAUCGCUUACUGCCCCUUUAACUCACAUAUUGGAUUUUGAUGAACGAAUUAUUCAGGCUGAAAUUCCUGUUUAAAGUCCUGCUGCUGGGUUGAUGCCCUUCUACGGCCCCUGUCCAGCUCUCCUCUCCAAAUGUGCUUUAGCCUUUAGGAGUUUGUGCCUUGGAACAAUACGUUUAUCCAAUCAGCACAAAAUUAAAAAUGAAAAUGAUUUUUAAAUUGGCACCACAAAUGUUUUUUUCCCAUUAGGCCCUACAGUAUUGUGUUUUCAUGGCCGUGUUGGUGCUUCGUUCAACAUAAAGUUAGGUGCGUAGAUUUGUGGAAUGUACCUUCUGUCAGUCUGCAUGCAGUUUGCAGUUAAAUGAAUCAAGCCCUGUCAUUGGUCAAGUGAUAAACGGAUGGAAAUGGAAGCUAUGAAUGUCACAGACUAGCUGAAGUGACUCUGCUUGUUUUUGUGAAUAAUGAUUAACAGCUCAUUGUUUCUUGGAUUUAAUUUUGGCUAAUUGAGCUGCUUCCUUCUGUGGAAGGUAAGAACGUAAACCUGGGAAAAAUGCGUGUGGCUGUAUUUAUUAAUUCAACCUAUUUUUGGUCAUCUGUGUACAGCAACUUGGCAAAAAAAUUUAAGCCAUUAUGUCUAUUCUUUUGGCCAUGACGUUGAACACAGCGUUGAAGUCGAAAACAGUGAGGUGUAGAUCAUCCUGUGUUCUUUUUGUCCAAUAUACUCUACAUGUGCCAUCUGUUCAUCCUAUUCAUAAUCUGAUAUGAUUCUGUUUGCAAGUAUUUGUUAUGUAAAUAUUGUCAUUAUUAAAUACAUGUUGAACUUGAAGGUGGAAACAUUUGAAAAUAAGUUUGGAUGGUACAGUAUAUGUUAAUUGUACUAAGUGGUCAGUUUCACAUACAGUCAAGCAAUUCCCUAUUUUAUGAUUAUUGUAUAUUGUGUAUAUUAUUACAAGAUCAGAGAUCAGGCAGACUUGUAUAACAAUAUUUUUCGAGGUAUCCUCGUGAUGCGAGGGGCCCAGUGGAGACGAACAGGAGCCAGUGGACAGUGGACAAAGUCCUACAGGUCUAUGUGGAGAUGGCGAGGAGGUGGGUUGUGCAAUAAGACAGAUAUGUGAUGACCAACAGUAAAUGAGAGUGAACGCUGUAAAAUAAAGGUUUCAAUAAAGGACUGAAUUGAA